AUGCGUACAACUAUUGAGCCCCAUUUAAUGUCUAUUCUUAAUAACGAUGCAUCUGAAGCCAUCACAAACUCCCCCUCUUUAGAACUUCCUCCAUUGCACGAUCGAAACAUUCUGCAAACUUCUCACCGACCGCUUAUUUUAGAACACAAUGCUGGAACACGAUCUAGUGAGCCAUCAUCACAAGUAUCGCAGCAUUCCUCGUCCAUUGCUCCACUUGACGACAAUGAAGUCAAUUAUCGAGACUCAGAAGAGGGUUUGCGAAUAGGGAAUGCGGGUAUAGGAAAGGACAUUAGUGCAAUUGAACGAACAUUGGGUAGUUCUUCUCCGCAAUCUCUGCGAAAGAUUUUAGAUGACAACACUGGCACCGCAAGACCACUACAUCCCAAAAAGCAACAACAUAGGGAAAAUGGGAGUGAUGAAAAUGAGGGAGGAUUUAAAACAGAUGGUGUGAUCGUAGCAACGACCCAGGAAGUCCUUGGGCCAGAAAGCCAGUACGAAGAAAAAGAGAAAAGACGUAAAGACGAGGAAAAAGUGGUCCGAAGACGAGACGAACAACCUGCUGCUUGGUCAGGAGUAGACCUGAAAGAUCGCUUUAGAACUUGUUGUCCAGAAGAACUUAGAGCCGGAAGCCGCAAUUCUGGAAACUAUCAUACUGGUACCAAGGCAGAGAGUGCAAAAGCACAGUCAAAAACAGAAUUGGUAACUUUCGACCCAUUGACCGGAAAUUUCAUGACUGGUGAAGAUCAAGAGGCUGAUGAGACUUGUCAACUCUGGCUCUAA